UGGCCUUUUCUUAUUUUUUCUAUUUCUUCUUUUAAUGAUCUUCAACUCUAUAUAAUGCCCCCCCUCACCCCACCUCCCAAUAGCUUCAAUUCUUCUAUAUAUAUAAGACCAUAAUCUACACAAAAUAUUCACCAAAAUAUUUUCUUAAUUUGUUUUUAAAGGAGCGUUAGGUAGACAUUUUAUUAAAUCAAAUCAAUCUCAGUUAAAGUCGUGAAUUUUUACAAAUUAAGUUAGAAUUUAUUAGAAAAAUGAGGUUGUUUAAAAGUGUGAAAAUUGAGCAUAGGAGAAGUUCAUGUAGUAAUUCAGAUGAAAAUAAUAACAGUAAUGAAAAUGAAAUAAAUUGGGCAACACUUGAAAGGCUCCCAACAUCAGAAAGAGCGCACCAUGGUUUUUUGCAUGGAGUGGCAGGUGAAUUUAAAGAGGUUGAUGUUUCUAAACUUAGUUUUGUUGAAAGGAAGGCUUUGUUGAAUAGAUUGCUUAAAAAUAUGGGUCAAAAUGAAGUCUUCUUGCACAAAAUCAAGUCUAGGUUUGAUCGAGUUUCCUUGGCAAUACCAUCAAUAGAAGUCCGGUUUGAGAAUCUAAAUGUUGAGGCUUAUGGUUAUGUGGGCACUAGAGCUUUACCUUCAAUCUUCAACUCAUUGGUCAUGAAUACUCUUGAGAAUGUGCUAAAUUACCUCCAUAUAAUUCCAAGCAAAAAGAGAAAAUUGCAAAUUCUUGAAGAUUUUAGUGGAAUCAUCAAACCAGGAAGGAUGACUUUGCUUAUGGGUCCACCAAGCUCGGGAAAGACCACACUACUAUUAGCUUUGUCUGGUCUUCUCGAUUCGGAACUAAAGGUUUCUGGAAAGGUGACAUACAAUGGACAUGAGCUGCAUGAGUUUGUGCCACAGAGGUGUUCUGUGUAUGUUAGUCAAAACGAUGUUCACAUUACUGAGAUGACUGUUAGAGAAACUUUAAGCUUCUCUGCCACUUGUCAAGGAGUUGGCCAUGCUUAUGAGUUGCUCUUGGAUCUGCUGAGAAAAGAAAAGGAGAUAGACACUAGACCAGAUCCCUUGCUAGAUUCACUCUUGAAGGCAUCAGCUAUGGAUACACAAAGAAGAGCUUUGUUCACUGAUUAUGUUCUUAAGGUAUUGGGGUUGGAGGAAUGUGCAGAUACACUUAUAGGUGAUCAAAUGAGAAGAGGCAUCUCUGGGGGUCAAAAAAAGCGAGUGACAAUCGGGGAAAUGAUGGUUGGACCUGCAAAUGUGUACUUUAUGGACAGUAUAUCAGUUGGUUUAGACAGUUCUACAACUUAUCAGAUAAUUAACUCAAUCAAGCAAUCUGUACACAUUAUGAACAAAACUGCUGUAAUCUCUCUGCUUCAGCCACCCCCUGAAACAUUUGAGCUGUUUGAUGACAUAAUUCUCAUCUCUGAGGGACAGAUUGUGUACCAAGGACCUCGAGUUUAUGUUCUCGAUUUCUUCGAAUCCUUUGGUUUUCGAUGCCCUCAAAGGAAAGCUGUUGCUGAUUACCUGCAAGAGGUUAUAUCAAGAAAGGAUCAAGCACAGUUUUGGGCAAGACAAGAGGAGGAAUAUACUUAUGUUUCUACUAAGCAAUUUGCUGCCAGAUUUAAGGAAUUUCAUCUUGGAAGAACCAUUCAAAAUGAGCUUGCUGUACCUUUUGAUAAGUCCACCAGUUACCCUUUCUCCUUGACUAAGUCCAAAUUUGGAGCUAGCAAGAUGGUUUUAUUCAAAGCCUGUCUAUCUAGAGAAAUCCUUCUCAUGAAAAGAAACAUACUUAUCUUUGCUUUCAAGUCGAUUCAACUCGCAAUACUUGGAUUCAUCGUUGCAAGUGCUUUCUACGAAGAUAGAAAGCAUCAUGAAACACUCCAAGAUGGGGUAGUUCAUAUGGGGGCUCUCUUUGUUGGACUAGUAACACUCAUUGUUUCAGGAUAUGCUGUUCUACCCAUGACCAUUAGCAAACUUCCAGUGUACUAUAAGCAAAGGAGUUUCAAAUUUUUCCCCUCAUGGGCAUACUCGUUUCCAACAUUGCUCCCUGGGAUUAUUUUUUCGAGUAUUGAAGUUAUUAUUUGGGUGCUCACAACUUAUUUCAUCAUAGGGUUUGAUCUUAACUUCUUCAGGCUGUUGAAACAUGCUUUUAUCUUCAUACUAUGUGGGCAGAUGUCUUACACUCUCUUUAGAUGUAUCGGUGCCGUAACAAGAGAUAAUUCCAUUGCAAGUGUAGUAGCUAAUCUUGCAGUUAUGUGGCUGGUUAUAUUCAGUGGUUUUGUGCUAGCAAAAGAGGCAAUGAGGAAAUGGUUACUGUGGGGCUAUUGGACAUCUCCAUUGUUGUAUGUUUUCAAUGCCAUUGCCUCAACCGAGUUCCUUGGACAUUCAUGGGAAAAACAUCAUCUCCCAGGAACGAACAAAGAAUUGGGACUAUCUGUCCUGGAAUCUCGUGGAGCAACUACUGAUCCUCAUUGGUAUUGGAUUGGUGUUGCUGCAUUGAUCGGCUUCAUACUCUUUUACGCUUUACUUGCCAAUCUCGCGCUUGCCUAUCUCAAACCAUAUGGGCAGUCCCAUUCAUCAGGAUUUAUCGCUGAAGAAACGGAAGCUGAAAUGACUACCAAGGCAGACAACACAAACCGAAACAGAACACCAAAUAGUGGUAAAACCACUAGCCUACCUUUCACACCUCUCUGCAUGACUUUCGAGAACAUCAUAUAUUCAGUUGACAUGCCAAAGAUGAUGAAACAAAAGGGAAACCCACAUGAUCACUUGGUGCUACUUAAUGGAGUAAGUGGUUCUUUUAGACCUGGUGUCCUAACCGCGUUGAUGGGAGUCACAGGAGCAGGAAAAACCACUCUAUUAGAUGUUUUGGCUGGAAGAAAAAACACAGGAUAUAUAGAAGGAAGCAUUAAAGUUUCAGGAUAUUCAAAGAAGCAAGAAACUUUUGCUCGAGUUUCAGGAUAUUGUGAACAGAAUGAUAUCCAUGUUGCCCUCAUGACUGUCUAUGAAUCAAUCAUCUUUUCUGCAUCCCUUCGGUUAUCCAAGGAUAUUAGCCCUGAGGCUAAGCAGAAUUUUGUGGAUGAAAUCAUGGAAUUGAUCGAGCUUUCUCCAAUAAAAGACGCGCUAGUAGGACUCCCAAAUGUAAAUGGACUGUCAGUAGAGCAGAGAAAAAGGCUUACCAUAGCAGUAGAGCUGGUUGCUAACCCUUCCAUAUUGUUCAUGGAUGAGCCUACUUCUGGUCUCGAUGCAAGGGCAGCUGCAAUUGUCAUGAGGGUUGUCAGAAAUACUGUGAACACCGGGAGAACAGUGAUUUGCACCAUUCAUCAACCUAGCAUUGAUAUAUUUGAAUCCUUUGAUGAGCUUUUCCUGUUGAAGCAAGGAGGUCAAGUGUUAUAUUCAGGUCCUAUAGGUCAUCACUGUUGCCAGCUGAUGAGUUACUUUGAGCAAAUCAAUGGAGUACGUAAGAUAAGAGAUGGGUACAACCCUGCAACCUGGGUGUUAGAAGUGACAGCGAGAGCAGAAGAGGAGAGACUAGGAGUUGAUUUUACUAGCAUUUACCUGAAUUCUGAGCUUUACAGGACAAACAAAGCUUUGAUAGGGGAGUUAAGUAUACCUCCACCUGGUUCUGAAGACCUCCAUUUUCCAACAACAUACCCUCAAACAUAUGUUACUCAAUGGAAAAUGUGUUUAUGGAGGCAAUACAAGUCAUAUUGGAGAGAUACAGCUCAUAACGGUGUUAGAUACAUGACUACAUUAGCAUCCGGCUUCAUGUUCGGCAUUGUGUUCUGGGAAAUAGGGUCUAGAAGGAAUACGCAACUUGAUCUUGUUGGUGGAAUCGGUGCAAUUUACACUUACACAAUGUUCAUUGGAGCACAGACUAGUGGUAGUGUGAUGCCAGUUAUGAACAUGGAUAAACCAGCGUUUUAUAGAGAGAGAUCUUCUGGGUUGUAUGCAGCCAUACCAUAUGCUUUGGCACAGGUUAUGAUUGAGAUUCCAUAUGUUUUGGCGCAAGUGACCAUAUUCCAGAUCAUAUCCUAUGCAAUGAUGGGGUUCGAAUGGACAGCUUUCAAGUUCUUUCAGGAAUUCCUCUUCAUGUUACUCUCACUGUUGUGCUUCACAUACUUUGGCAUGAUGGUCUCCUCCAUGACUCCUAACCAAGAAACAUCUUCCGUAUUUGCUAGCCUUGUUUACUCCUUGUGGAGUCUCUUCUCCGGUUUUGCAAUGCCUCGAAAUAGGGUUCCGGUAUGGUGGAAAUGGUAUACCAUGGUGUGCCCGGUAUCAUGGACCAUAUAUGGAAUGGUAGCUUCUCAAUAUGGAGAUAUAGAAUCCAAGCUUAAUACAGGCCAGUCAGUCACCCAAUUCUUAAAGGACUCCUACGGGUACAAGUAUGAAUUCGUAGGAGUUGUCAUUGCUAUUAUGCUUGCUUUCAACGUACUCUUCAUUUUCCUGCAUUGCUUCUUCACCAAGGUCUUCAACUUCCAGAAAAGAUAGAACUUUUUAUACUUGUCAAUUUUUGCCAUAAACCGUUGUAUUAGUAGAUAUAAACGACUAGUAGUGACUAGUGACUAGUGACUAGUAGUGACUAGUGAGGUUGAUGUUAGCUCUUUCCUCACUUGUACCUCAAAUUUGUCUUGUUGCAAACCAGAAACAAUCUAAUAUUAUAUUAGAGAUGACCAUUUUAUUAUAAGCAGGUUUUAAUCAUAACAU